CCCGAUUCACAAACACAAAAGGCCAUAUACUGCGUCGAUAUUUACGGCUUCUUGUCAGAGAUAUUAGAGCAUCUGAACACUGCAAGUUUGACUAAACGUUAAACGUUCCUCUACUGUGCCUGAAGCAGACUAAUCAUGUGGACUAUUGUUGUCGUGGCAACUGCUAUAUUAACUUCAGCUACUGCGUUUGAAAAUGGGGUGCCUUACCAGUACCCCUAUUCUUAUCCACAGAACCACAUGAGCAGUGCCACCUACACCGGCUGGAGAGCACCAACAUGGGGAUACCCAAAGAGUUUUCAACAUAGCUUAUUAGACACGUUCUCCAGCCUGUGUCCUGACUGUCUGAAGGCUGAUGGAGUAGACGAGGUCACCGGGAUUCCAGGUUUGAAGGAUGCCAUCGAAUAUUCAUACUUCCAUACAAUAAAGCCAACUAUGAAUGAAAUGUUGGACAAUUUAAGAAUUGAUAAAGGAGUGGCAUACAGAUAUUUUGUUAGCCUCUGCGAAAGAAAUGAACACGUUAUAAACAUUCUGCCUGGAGGGGAUGUACUGAAAAUGUUUUGCUCUGAUAUAAAACAGACUUUGGAGGAAGGAUAUUUGUGAAUCCGAAUAUUGAUGAUGGUUAUACUUUGGAAUUUAGCACAGCGCGUUUGAAUAAAUAAGUUACUUUAUCUGUGA